UCUCCUUUAAUUGGAAAGGAACAAAGCCAACAGCAAGUUUAUUAUGGGUAUAUAUUCAUUCCAUUUUGUCUUUGACAAAUUGGAGAAGGCCGUCAAGCAUUGGUACAGCUAUGAAGUUCUUCUCACAAAUUCCAGCUUUCUUCUCCUUCCCUUCAUUGGUUUUAUCUUCUCUGUUACUACUUAUGCAUGCUUCUUGUCCCAAAGGUGUCCUACCACUUACCCAGAACAGAACAGUUGCAGCAAUUAUCGCAUUUGGUGAUUCCAUUGUUGAUCCUGGAAACAAUAACCAUAUCCGCACUAUGAUCAAGUGUAAUUUCCCACCAUAUGGUAGGGAUUUUCCCGAGGGAAAACCAACCGGAAGGUUUAGUAAUGGAAAAAUCCCCUCAGACUUAUUAGCCGAAGGAUUUGGAAUUAAGGAAUUUUUGCCAGCUUAUCUUGACCCAAAUCUACAGUUUCAUGACCUUCUUACUGGCGUGAGUUUUGCUUCUGGUGGUGCUGGAUAUGAUCCUCUCACAUCUAAACUAAUGUCUGUUUUAUCGUUACCGGAUCAGCUAGAACUGUUCAGAGAUUACUUAGUGAAGAUAAGGUCAGAAUUAGGAGAAGAUGCAACUUCAACUAUAUUAUCUAAAGGCAUUUUCAUAGUCUGCACAGGAAGUGAUGAUAUUGCAAAUACUUAUCUUUCAACUCCAUUCAGAAAACACCAUUAUGAUAUUGACUCAUACACUGAUUUCUUGGUUGAUUCAGCUUCAAGAUUCUUGCAGGAACUUCAUGGAACAGGAGCAAAAAAAAUUGGAGUAGUUAGCCUACCGCCAAUUGGGUGUGUUCCAUCACAGAGAACAUUACAUGGUGGAAUUGAAAGAAGGUGCGUUGAGUCCGGCAAUGAUGCUGCACUGGUAUUCAACUCCAAGAUUUCAGCAGAGCUGGAUUCACUCGGUGGAAAAUUUCCAGGCUCCAAGUGGGUCUAUCUUGAUAUCUACAACAUAACACUUACACUAAUGCAGAACAACACUCAAUACGGUUUCCAAGUGACAGAUAAAGGAUGCUGUGCCAGGGGAAAUAUAGAGGUCAGCCGAUUGUGUAAUCGUUUUAAUCAGCGCCAUUCAUGCAAAGAUGCCUCGAAAUACUUAUUCUGGGACAGUUAUCAUCCAACUGAGAAGGGGUACAAGUUCAUUACCUCUUACAUGCUCGAUACCUAUGCAAGUAAAUUCUUUUAAAUGACUGUAUGACUAUCCCAAGAGACUGCAGUUUAUUACGCAUUUGACUCAUCCAUGAAUAA